CAGCAGGCCUACUGUUGGUGCUCCACCAGAGAGAGAGAGAGGGGGACAUCAUCUAAUCCUUGCAACUCUUUCAACAUGACCAGGGCAACGCAGUCAAUCGCCAGUCACCGGCUCCCUCUGUGAAAGUCAGAGGAACGGACGACUACAAAAUGGACAAGAACAUUGCUCGGGCUAUUUAUGGUUCUUCUGUCGUCAAUAAUAUCAAUCUAAUAUCAAAUUACAACAUUGGGGUGUCCAUGCAUAUGCCUGUCCCAACCAUGUCUACUCUGGAUGGGUUCGCCGACAUGCUCCAGGAUGAGGCUCGGGCGGUCUGCUUCUAGUCCCACGAGGUUGUGAUAUUUGCUCUGGUGCGGUUCGAGCUCGUGGUGGACCUUCAUGACAAUGGACAGGACAGUCGCAUAUGGUGGCGGUGGCCCCUGCCCAGUGGGAAAGCCGCCAGCCCAGGUCCCCAUUGGUUGGCAAAGAAAGAUCCACCAUGGAGGUGUCGUCUACAUCAGCCCGAGUGGCUCGGUGCUAGCCUGUCUGGAACAAGCCAAGAGCUACCUCCAGACCGAUGGAACCUGCAAGUGUGGCCUGGAGUGUCCCCUCAUCCUUCAUAAGGUGUUCAACUUUGACCCGGGCGCUGCCGUCACGCAGAGGACCGCCGAGGAUGUUAAAGCAGACUCUGCCGUCACCAAGCUCUGCAUACACAAGAGGAAGAUCAUCGCCGUGGCAACCCUGCACAGGAGCAUGGAGUCCCAGAUUUCCAGUAGAAACGCUGGUGGUUGUCACAUUGGUUCUUUGAAUCCUCAAGCAAUAAGGAAGGAUCUGCGCAACGGUCCCUCCAACACGAUCCCCUCCGACGGCAACAAUUCCUACAAACUGCCGAUGUCUGGUCCCCCGCACUACGUACACAAACACCAACUGGGCUCCCCACCCCAAAGGGACGCGUACGCACACCAGUCCAGGUUGAGACCCGGCGUCGGUGACCUCAACGCCCAAAGGUCGCCGUAUCGCAACAACCAUCACAGCGGCUUACUCAGCCCCCCAGCAAGCACCACGUGUAGCGCCCAGCAUUACGCGGACCGGACCCCCUUUCUCAGGAGCCCCGAGUCUGCUGCGCUCAGUUUUCACGGCGCCCCCAGCCCCGGCUCCGGCCACGUGAACGGUGAGCGCUUCGGCCCCCUCUCCCCGCCCAGUGUCAUGGUGCACGGCCCGCCCUCCUCCAGCCAGCUGGCCUGUGCCCUCGCCGGAAGAACCAGCAUCUCCUCGUCGCCUUCGAUGCACACCAAAAGCCCAAACAGGCAGCGAUCGCCCUGCAGCUUCCCCCAGAACACAGACUACACCCAUAAAUCCCCCUUGUCGUCAAACGCCCAGCAGCAGCAGCAGCAGCAGCAGCAGCAGCAGCAGCAGCAGCAGCAGCAGCACCACCACCACCCCCAGGUCCUACAGCACGCCCCCUACGUUGUGCAGAAGAGAUGCAUGAGCUCCUCUGAAAAGGACCCCCUCGGCAUACUGGACCCGAUACCGAGCCUCUUAGACUUUCACGACCAAGCCGUCCCCACACCCUCCAGACUCCAGGUCAAUAACCAUCCUCAAGGGGCGUCUGUGCACGCCCCUCCUGCCAUCGUCCCCUUGCCUAGUAAUCUCCCCAUGCCGGCGGUGAAGUCUGGAGUGGCUGGGCCUGGGCCUGGCCCGAGAGGCCAGCAACACCCCGCGCUGUCGUCCAUUUCAUCUUCACCCGUUAGAUCUCCAGUACACAUGGCAGCCCCACCUGCACCCGUUAGGUUAAAGGAGCUCUCUUUGCACCAACACGCGUCCGUUGCCUCCUCGCAUUACGGUAGUGUCGCCCUGGCUUCACAGGUGCCAUCGCAGCAGCAGCAGCAGCAGCAGCAGCCUUCCCGGUCUUUGCAGGGGCCCGUUUCAUCCCCAAAGACCUCCGUGCCGCUCCAUCACAUGGCCGAGUCUGUGAUCCAGCCACUAGUAGCAAUAAACACUGGUGGCGGCGGUGUGCAUUCUGAGUCCAUACGCCUUCCUCCCCCCAGAGCCGACGGCCUCAAUCAAGCGAGGCUCCCUCUGAAGACGGGCCCGCGCCAACUCGACCGACAGAAUCCUCCCACCUUCCCAGCCAGUAGUCUACUGUCCGCGGCGGCCAAAGCUCAGCUCGUCCAUCAAAACAACCUGGGCGGCAGCUCGGGUCACCCUGGGUUGGUCGGGGGCGGCAGGCAGCCGUACAGCGAGGGAUGUGGCAGUCUGGAGCCCCAGUAUCUACGCGGCGCCGGAGUCGGAGAGGGCCAGAGCGGAAGAGCGGCGCUCCGAGACAAACUCAUGUCCCAGCGGCGAGGGGCGCAGCGCAAGCGGAACCCCCCCGCCGAGCCCGACGGGAACAUGUCCUUCCAUAUGAACAUGCAGCACGGCCCCAGUUCGCACGGCUAUCCAGAGCCCACGAAAAGGCCCUUGCAGCAAGUGGCAAACGACGAUGUGUCAAUGGCACCACUUGUCCAACCUAUUAGCAAUCAGCUGGAAGCCCAGAAUGGACUGAGCCAUGCGUGUCAACCACUGCCCUUGCCUGGCAAACCGCUGUUUUUUGAGGAUAGUGUGCCUUCAUUGUCAAACAUGCAGAACGUGCAUGGACCCCUUCAUCUCCAAAUUAGAGACAUCGCAGGCUAUCGGAACUUCAGCAAAGACUGUCGUGAUGAUCAGGGGGAGCCCCGGAACAUGGAACAGUUUGCACGUCAAGUGAAUCAAACGCACAAUCUGCCUUUUGUUGGGAAUAUAAGGACCCUGAGUUACGGCGGACAUGAAGUGGAAGGGUCCAUAUGUAACCAAAACUCUCAGCCACCACAAAUGGGUCAUCAUGUAAAACAGUCCCAGGGCGGCCUCGGUUUUAAAGAUGGAACAGGAUUUCCUCCGGUGAUGUCCAAUGGUGGUUUCGAAAUGUACCCCGAAUCAGGUAAGGCUCAUUUCCUGGACUCGGCUUCAAGAAAACUCCAGAACGGUAGCCUGCGGCGCCGGCCACAGAAGCAACAGCCAAAGGACGCCUCGGGACAACUUCCUGCCCAGGCCGUGGACUUCCUCCAGUGCCCAGACAGCCUGUCAUGUUGUGACUCCAAUCGUCACCCGUGCUCCCCCAGCUCCACGAAUGGCCUCCUCAGAACCUUCAAGGUGAGUCUCGCUGAGAGGAUACCACACCCUGCCGGCAUGGUAUCGGAUCGACAGCAGGGCGUGGGUCUCCCGGAUGCCAUGUGCUUCCAGGCCAGCCAGCAGGACCUCUCCAUAGCCCAGGGCGGGCCUCCGUGCACAGACGCGAACCCCACCAGCCAACGGGUCCGAGCCGGGUCGCGCGGGGAGGCCGUGUCGAGUGUCAUCGUCCGUAAUUGCGCGUUUUCGGCACCCCAAGCGGCCCCGCAGCUGGACCUCUCCCAGUCAGUCAUUCACGGGUCGCCCCGCGCCUAUCCCGACGAGGCCUCUCAACAACCGGCCGGGCCUCGACGGACCCCCGCCAAACUCAAGCACUCCAACGGCCUGCCCUCCGCCCCGGAGGCGCUGCUUCAGUUCGGCCGCGGCCCGCCGUGGAGCUCCGGUGCCAACGGGGGUCCGCCGUACGGGCUCAGCCAGGCCGAGAGGAGUCUGUCGCAGGCUCGGGCGCAGGACGGGAGCGGCUUCUACACAGAGUUUAUGGCCAGACACGCCUUCCCCACGCCGCAGGAGCAGAGCCCCGCUCAGCUGAACGGUAACCACCCCAGGAACGGCCACCUCGGCCCAGCGAGGAGCGGAGCCCACGCGUCAGGCGGGGUCAUCCAGUCCCCCGAGCGCUGCCCUGCUGCCGAUGGCCGGCAAGCGUAUUUUCCCAAGCGGUCCAACGGAUAUUUAAACGGUCAGCUCAACGGGAACUACGGUGGCGGCGGCGGCGGCGCGCGUGAUGCAGGCCGCCUCAACGGGUCCUUUGUGCUGAAUAUUGCAGAAGGCCAGAUGAGUGAAGAGCGCCUCGUGGGACCCGUCGGCCUGCAUCACCCUGGGCGACCGUUGGCCCACAGACAACCGGCACAGCCCGGAGGAGAUCUGCUGUGGGCCGGGGCCCCGAGCUUUCAUCCCUGGCCCGGCAAGAUGAAAAUGGAGGGGCCGUCUUAUCUCUGCAGUGUUGGUGAAAUGAUGCAAAGCAAGAUGGAGCCUGUGAGAUUUCACCAGACCUUGAAGGAUGACCUGAACACAUUGCACAAAGCUAAUGGUAUUCACCUGAGUGCUGGGGCAGUAGACGACCACAUGGAGGAUGCUUUGCACAAUGCAAUGGGCCAGUGGCACAAAUUUACAGCUAAUGUAGGCCUAGAUGGUGUACGGAAAGCCCCCAAAGCCAAAAAGAGGAAGAUCUUUAGAUGACAGGAACCUAUCGAUGGAUUUUAUUUAUUUAUUUAUUUAUUUUUGAUUCUCUUCAAAUGGAUGGAAAGCUCCCCAAUUGUAUUUUGUAUUUAAUAUGAGAAAAAUUUCUGACUUCUGUGAAGCCACGACAGUUUGUGGAAGUUUACAUAUUUGGCACUAUCCGGGGGACAAAACAACAUAAUUGUGUGAACUUGGUUGUUCUUGUGAGAAUCGUCAAAUUUGAACUACUGAAUACCUACAGUUUCUUAGAUCAUGAAGAUGGUAUUCAUAUCAAAUGGUUAGAGGGGCUGUAGGGAAGAUUUGGUUUCCAUUACUUUGUCAUUGUACACACAAAUGCCAGAUCAAUACAUGUUAUAUAGCAAGAAUAACAUGCCUCUAAAGCUUUGAAAUAUUAAAUGAUAUUCAAAAAACAUGUGUUGCUUUGUUUACUAAAUUGCCACAUCCCUAAGGCUUGCAUUAAAAUGUGUUCCUAAAGCGGUUCAAACUAUCCUUUAGUUGACUAAGAUAAAUCUAGGUUAGGAAGUUCUCAAGGUUUCCUCCAUCACAUAAAUCUAGUGAAAUUUGAUUGAGUAAAUGUGUUAAAAGCAACAUUAGAUCACCUUUUGUUAAAGCACAGAUUUAGUCAACCGUGCUAUUCCUUCAGUAUUUACAUUCUGCCUAAAAUCUAAACCAACCAGUUGGACUGUUUCUCAAUUAACCUGAAUGUCCUCAAAAACAGACUAUUAUAUUGCUUCACAGAUUAUUUUUGAACAGGUUAUCGCGCAAUUUCAAAUACUGAAUGGUGUCCCAAUUUCUCCACUGCAAAGUUAUUAUUAACUUUUCAUAAACUUCCCAUUAUCCAUGUUCCUCGUGUGCUGCUUUAAUUCCUUAUUCAUAAACUAUAUUAAUGUGAUGCGUUCUACUAAACUAUAAAAAGUAAAGACAAAACCAAAGUAGAAUUGUGAAGCGUGAACCAUUUUCUAACAGCUGGUACAUGAUUGUCUGCACCUUGUAGCAUUGUACUAACUUUAAUAGGUGUCAUAUGAAUCAUACGAUGCAUUUUUUGUCAAAGACCAUGCCUCAUAAUAUUACUAAGGGUUUGUUUUCGGUCUCCAAAUUCAGUUUUUGCCAAUAUCCCAUCCACUAGCAUAACAACUUUCUGCAUAUGUUCAUAUGUCCUCUUGCAUAAAAUGUUUGUCGAUUUUCUAAACCCUAUGCAGAGGUUCCUUCUGGUGUUUAUCAAUAUAUUUGGGAAACACUGAUUUCCAAAGCUGUAUUAUCUAUAAAGAGUGGUUGAAUAUCAAAUCCCUGUUAAUUAGAUUUUCUUUUAUCAGCCAUACAGCCUGGGACUUGGCCCUAACACUAUUAUUGCUGUGCGAUCUCAAAUCAUAUACUGUUCUUGUGAUUCUUUAUUAAACUAAUUUCAGGAUGUCCUUUUAUUGUAAUAUUUACAGUAUUCAGAAAGCUGUAAGCAUAUAAUUAUACCCGACCCUUAAUUAUGUACUUCAACCCCCCCCCCCCCCCCACACACACACACACACACACACUUGCAUAUAUCAGAGCUGGAUGGUUGCAUAUAUCAGAGCUGGAUGGUCAUUGACAGAGAAGCAUUUUAAUAUCACGUAAGAAAAUCCUCAUCUUGUAACCAACCACAUGAAGAUAAUCUAAUUAACCUGGCUUAUAGCCAAUGUAUCCUAAUGAAAAAAAGGUAAUACUUGAAGAUCAUGAAUAUAUUGAAAUACUUGAAUAUGACGAUACGAUAAUUGAAGUGCAUGUAAAUGAUCUCACUGAUUCAAUGAGUUUUACUGUAAAUAUUCUAAGUGAUUGUAUGCAUAUUACAAUUUUAGUUUUGUCUUAUUUUGAAAUGAAUGUUAUACUAAUUAAGGAAAGGAAAGGAAAUCUACCCCAUGUCGAAGAUGGUGCUCUAUAUUUAAAAUGUAAAUUGUAUAUAAUGUAAUGUAAUGUUAUUUGUAAAUGCCCAUAAUGUUCUACCCAUUUAUGAAAUGUUCUUAAUCAAAUCCUAUGGCAUUUCACCAUCUUAUACAAUUUUAAAUAAUGUUCGACUGCAACAGGAAAUGUCUAUUAAACCUAUAUUUUGUUACAUAAA